AUGAUGGCAUCUAUUGUUGAUUCUCAUAUUUUCAAAGAUAUUUUCGGUAAUGCUACGAUGCGUAGUCGUUGGACUGAUGAGGCACGCACUGCAUAUUAUUUGAAGUGGGAAGUUGCACUAGCUACAGUUCAAGCUAAACUCAAGAUUAUUCCUCAAGAAGCUUGUGAUGAGAUUAUCGCCAAAGCUAAGGUUGAAAACAUUGAUUUUGAUAAGCUCAAAGAGAAGACUGAAUUAAUUGGAUAUCCUGUAUUAGGUGUUGUACAACAGAUCGUUUCUAUUUGUCGUGAUGGUCUUGGUGAAUGGUGUCAUUGGGGUGCUACUACUCAAGAUGUCACUGACAGUGCUACUGUUAUGGCUAUACGCGAUUCUCUUGAUAUCAUCGAAGGUGAUCUGGAUCACAUUAUGAGUAGUGUAGCCAAGUUAGCUGAAGAUCAUCGAUUAACUCCUAUGGCUGGUCGUAGCAAUUUACAACAAGCUGUACCAAUUAGUUUUGGCUUUAAGAUGGCACGUCUCUUAGCCACUUUUCAACGUCAUAAGGAGCGUAUAGAAGAGAUUCGAAAGCGUGUUCUAACUUUGGAAUUUGGAGGUGCAGCUGGGACUCUUGCUACGUUGAAUGCUGACAUAGCAUUGAAGUGCCAGGAAGAAUUAGCACAUGAAUUAGGCCUAGCUCAACCGGAGAUUGCAUGGCAUACGGAGCGCGAUCGUUUUGCUGAAGUGGGUGCAUUUCUUGGUAUUCUAUGUGGCACUUUAUCCAAAAACGCAACGGAUAUUAAAUUAAUGAUGCAAACUGAGAUUGACGAAGUCUCUGAGCCAUACGUUCCUCAUCGUGGAUCCAGUUCUACUAUGCCAAACAAGUUUAAUCCGAUUAGUUGUGUAUAUAUUCAUGCACUCGCUGCUACUGUUCGUCAACAUUCAGCUGCUCUUAUGGAUGCUAUGUUAUGCGACCAUGAGCGUGCUACUGGUCCUUGGGAAAUAGAAUGGAUUGUUCUACCAGAAGCUUUCAUUCUUACAGCUGGUGCAUUAAGUCAAACAAAAUCAAUGAUGGCUGGUCUACAGGUCCAUCCAAAGAAUAUGAUGCGCAAUUUAAAUCUAACAAAGGGUCUUAUUGUAUCUGAGGCUGUUAUGAUGAGUCUUGGUCCGAAAUUAGGUCGUCAAUCUGCACAUGAUCUUGUGUAUACUUAUUGUCGUCGUGCACUUGAUGAGGAUCGUAUGUUGAUUGAUCUACUCAAAGAAGACAAAGAUAUCUCAGCAGUUUUAUCUAAUACUGAACUUGAACAUCUCUGCGAUCCUGCAAAUUAUCUUGGUCUAAGCGGAUCUAUGGUUGAGAACGUUCUUACUUCCUAUAAAAAAACUGUAAACAAAAAUAAAAAUUCCAAAGAUACCACCAGUCACUAA